GUGUACGUGAACGCAGCAGUGUGGAAGCUUCAAGAUGGUGAAAUUUGGGCUCCAGUUCAAAGCCACAUUGGAGAAUGUCACCAACGUGAGACCGCUGGGAGACGACUUCCGGUGGUUUCUAAAGCUGAAGUGUGGGAACUGUGGAGAGAUCUCAGAUAAAUGGCAGUAUAUAACCCUGGUGGAGAGUGUGCCACUGAAAGGAGGAAGAGGCAGUGCCAGCAUGGUGCAGAAGUGCAAACUCUGCUCCAGGGAAAACUCAAUAGAUAUUCUGGCAGACACAAUCAAACCUUAUAAUGCAGAGGACAGCGAAAGAUUCAAGACGAUGGUCCAGUUUGAGUGUCGAGGUUUGGAGCCUGUUGACUUCCAACCUCAGGCUGGCUUCGCUGCGCACGGAGCAGAGUCUGGAACACUGUUUCCUGAAGUCAACCUACUAGAAAAAGACUGGACAGACUAUGAUGAGAAAGUCAGCGAGUCGGUGGGGAUAUAUGAGGUCACGCACCAGUUCAUCAAGUGCUGAUGUCAUCAUGUGAUGAACCUCAGAGGUGGACAAGUGAACACUACAGCCAAACAUGCUCAGGCCUGUUUGCUGGCAUCAAGGAUGCUUCAGAUGCUGAGGCAGCAAGGUUUGGUUGAUGAUGGACAUUAACAGGUGUGGAUUAAUACCACGGGUUGUUCAUAGACACCCUGGAUUAAUCUACGUGUUCAAGGCUUUUUUCACUGGCUCAAUAAAAUUGAAAGGUGAUGA